CCACUACCGCUCACCGACGCCUGAACGCAUACAAACUCUACACUCCGUCCGACCAUUAGUAACGACUACCCCCUCUUUACUGUCCGUGUCGCGUCUCCUUACGAACACCAUUCCUUCUACUAAGGCGAUGGAGACCAAGAGCCGAUUUCUCAGCGAGCCUAAGACAGUCGGGAUAGUGGGAUGUCCCUUCCGCGGUGGCCAGUUGCGUGCAGGUGUCGAUCAGGGCCCGAUCUAUCUCGUCCAAGCUGGACUCGCCGAGCAGAUCGAAGACCUGGGCUGGAAAGUCAAAUUCGAUGGACAUCAUCUCUUUGAAGGUGUGGAGCGAGAGCUCGCCUUGAGCAGAGACGAGGACGUACACGGUAUCGUGAAGAAUCCGAAGCUCGUCAGCAGGGUGUGCCAAGCGGUAUCCAAGUCCGUUGAGGAGCAUGCGAAGAAGGGAGAGCUGCCAUUAACCCUCGGUGGGGAUCAUAGCCUGGCUGUGGGAACCGUAUCGGGGAUAUUCAGUGCAUACCCCGACGCCUGCCUCAUCUGGUGCGAUGCCCAUGCGGAUAUCAACACGGUCGAGUCGACCGAGUCCGGAAACAUGCACGGCAUGCCUGUGUCUUUCCUGUUGGGUAUAGGGUCGAAGUUGCCCAUGUUUGACUGGCUCAGGCCCGUGCUCAAACCGGAGCGAAUGGUCUAUAUCGGUCUGCGCGAUGUGGAUAAGGCGGAGAAGACCAUCCUCAAAGACCAUGGCAUCAAGGCGUUCAGCAUGCAUGAGGUUGACAAGUACGGCAUCGGAAAGGUUGUCGAGAUGGCCUUGGAUCAUGUUAACCCUCAACGCAACCUGCCAAUACACUUGUCCUUUGACGUGGAUGCCUUGGAUCCGUCUGUUGCACCUUCCACAGGAACCCCAGUUCGUGGUGGACUCACCUUCCGAGAGGGCCAUUAUAUCUGCGAAGCAAUUUGUGAGACCGGAUUGCUCGUCGGUCUGGAUAUCAUGGAAGUGAAUCCGUCAUUGCCCAACAUACAUGACAAGAUGUCAGUGGAGCAAACGGUCGCGAUCGGCUGCUCCCUGACGCGUGCCUCUCUUGGUAGGAACACACUUUCAUGCUCUGGGUCGCGUUAGAGAACAAGGCCAUGCUGACGAGAGUUUACAGGCGAGACGCUUCUGUAGUGCUUGUGCAUUGUCUUUGACAUACGAUGGAAUCCAAGCACCGCAAAGGAUGGUACUCGUUCCUGUCCCAUUGUGUUGAUUUU